AUGUCUUUAAAUAGUAAUGCCAUAAACAUCCUUAUCAGCAGGGAUCUUUCAUACGCAGAAACGCUGCUGCGAACGUUCAGACCCAAGAAUCCUCCAUUCCAUCGCACCAACAAAACCCUUGGUAUUGGUGGUCGGUAUUCCCUUGUUGGUCCAAGCACAGUCUGGAACCGACGCCACACUGCGGGGUCUCACGCGCGGCUCCCGACGGCCCAGGCACGACGGCGGCCCAAGAUGUUACCUGAAGGAGACACAAUGCCCUUGGGCGAGGACCUGAAGCCUGCCGCUGAUCCUCCAAUACCUGCCAAGUCCUCGCAUGUUCCUCGGAAUCCCCUGCCUCUCCGGGGACCCCAGGACAGAGAGGGGCUGGCGGCAGGGGAGGCUGCGGCAGAGGCAGGGAGGGCGAGGAUUUCGACGCAGGUGGCCGCGUGCUUGGCCAUCGCGACGGGUCAGCUGGCCUUGGGAGCGGUCAACGGGUGGAGCGGGGCGGCCUUGCCUGACCUCGCCGCGGACCCCGACCUGGCCAUUUCGACCUCGCAGGCAGCCUGGAUCGUAUCCAUGAUCGCCGUGGGCGCCCUGGCGAGCAGCGCAGUGGCGAGCCGCGUGAUGGACGCCGUGGGGCGGCGCGCGACCCUCCUGGCGACGGCGCCCCUGAUGGUGGCGGGGCUGGCUCGCGGUCGCCCUCGCGCCCCACGUCGCGGCCCUCAUCGCCGGGCGGGCGCUCGGGGCGUCGCCAUGGGGCUGAUCUACACGACGGGGCAGGUCUACAGCAGCGAGACACCUGAGGCGCGUCUGAGAGGCCGUUUGGCGUCCAUUCCGUCGCUCUUCAUCACGCUGGGCUUCUUGCUCUCGUACUUGGCCGGGGCUCUAUGUUCGUGGCGCUCCAGCUGCUACGUGUGUUCCGUUCCGGCGUUCCUCAUGUUCCUGGCCCUCACGCUGGUGCCGGAAUCUCCUUAUUGGCUGUUGCUCAAGGGGAGGAGGGAGGACGCCGCCAGGGCCCUCAGGUGGCUGCGGGGUCCUCGCUACGACAUUGCGAGCGAACUGAAGGAGAUGGACGCCAAGAUCAGCUCCGUCGGCGCCUCGCUUCAGUACAGGGAGCUGCUGCGGCGGCGGACUCGCGUGCCCUUCCUCACGGCGCUCUUCAUGCAGGCGACGCAACAGGUGGGCGGCGGCAACAUCCUGGUUAUGUACACCGCCACCGUCUUCCAGUCCGCCGGCGUUGACAACCCGCAACUGUCGACUGUGUACAUGGGCGUGUGCCAGCUGACGGCCACGGGGGUGUCCGUCCUGCUGAUGGAUAAGUUCGGGCGGCGGCCGCUGAUUGUCCUGUCCACGUUGAUAUUGGGGGCGGCAGGAAUCACGCUGUCCGGCUAUUAUUACCUGCGGGACGAGGGCGCGGCGCUCCCUGGCUGGGUGGCCUUGGUCGCGGUGCUCGUCGCGGCCUCGGGGUACUGCCUCGGCUGCCGCACCGUGCCCUGGCUCCUCGCCGCCGAGCUCUUCAACACGACGGUCAGGUCCACCGCCAACUCGGCCUGCAUCUUCUUCAACCGGCUGCUCAACCUCACCAUGAUACAGGUGUUCCCCCACUUCAAGGAGGCAGCUGGAGCUUCCACCGUGUUCCUCAUGCACGGCUCCCUGAGUCUCGUCUGCGGCCUCAUCACCCUCUUUUGCGUCCCGGAAACCAAGGGCAAGACACUCGAGGAGAUCCAGGACUAUUUUGAGGAAAAGCGAAUCGGCUGGUGGAGGAAGGGGGGGCGGGAUCUGCAAACGUCUGUCAUGGUGAAGAACCAGGAGAACGCAUAGGCUGUCAUGGCGGUGACGUAAAUGAUAUUGACACAGGAAACAAGGUUUGCUUGAGAUAUUUGCCUAGAUGUGUGUUGGACUUCUAUACUCUCUCACUCCAAAGCGACCCAGUGGCAGAGUGCAUUUUUUGUUUACCUUUAUUUUCUUCUAUUUUAUUAUUUUUUUCCUUUAAUCUUAUCUAUUUAUUUCAUCAAAGUAUGAAUAGGCCUUACCUACCAUUUUCAUUUCCUUCCUAUAUCAUUUUCAUCGUGAAGUGCAUUUUUCCGUCUCAUUGGUGCCUCAUCUUGGGGGACAAUAAACCCAUAAAGAAAGUUCAAAGUUGUUUAUGGUCUGAUAUGUAGCAUUAGGGUAGUUUUACGAGUUUGCGGACAAUGGCUUUAAUUAUUUAAAUGAAACCGGCUUGUGUGUGUGUGUGUGUAUGUAUGUGCCUAUCUGUC